GGCAUCGUUUCUUGCCGUCGCUCAUCCAUCGCUCGUUCUGAGCACUGGACCAAUUUCGCACUUUUUUGUCGUGGAACAGAAUCGGCUCUUCAACAAUCACGGCAUCCUAUCAAUCUUUUGCGGCCAGCGGCCGUACUCUUCGCCGACGAUGGGACACGAGGGCAUGAUUCAUUUGGUGUCCUCAGCCAGCGAUGGCAUCUUCCUCCUCUACCUUCCCUUCCGAUGCUGGGAGUUGCACAAUUCACGCCAUAGACAUCUCACGGGAGCGUUGGGUCACUGCAAAUUGAGCGUUGGACUCGUUCUCUCCGCUUACUUAUUCCUUCGCCUGUUCUCUCUGCAACUUGGACCUCUUCUUCUUUUGUCACUUGCAGCAUCACUGAUUGCAGCGCUGGGUUUGAACCUGCUCAUGUACUUGGAGCAACGCCGAGCAAACAAACCCUCGGACCUGGCGAUCUUGUACCUGCUCGCGUCAGUGGCAUGCGACUUGGUAGCUCUGACAGUGCCCUCCGCAGUCCGCCGGCCUCCACCGGCUCGGUGGUUGUUACACACCUUACUUCUGGUUCUAGAGUCGUUCGAAUCGCCGGUCAACCAGGCGUGGACACCACGAAAAAGCCAGGCCCCGGAGGACAAUAGCAGCAUUUUAAGCAGGCUCUUCUUCGCUUGGAUCAACCCUGUUGUCCUGCGAGGAUACAGAAGCCUGCUCCUCAGCGACGACUCGCCACCUCUACCCCGAGACUUGGACGCAAAGCUAUCCAAACAGGGCAUGGUUGAAUCGUGGAACCGGCGAGCGCGGCCAGAGACCAAGCUGGCACUACCCUUAGCCUUGUUUAGAUGCAUCCGACGGGCCUUUGUUGCUCCAAUCGUACCUCGACUCCUUCUGAUGCUUUUCCGAUAUUCCCAGCCUGCUCUAAUACGCCAGUCCAUUCAGUUUGUCACUGAUGGCAUUCCCACAGCUGCUGGUGUGGAAACCCGAGGGUACUGGCUUGUGUUAUCAGCUGUAACCAUCUACAUUGGUCUCGCUGUUUCGACGGCAGCAUACCAACACAGGCUGAAUAGGCUCAGAGUAGUGACCAAGAGCGCUCUCGUGGGUAUCAUUCACCACAAAACUAUCGAGUUGCCCAGUGCUACGCACGAUAACGAUAACAGCGAAGCUAUCACCCUCAUGAGCAAUGAUGCUGAGGGGCUAGAUGGGGUUGCCGAAAUGGUUCACGAGACAUGGGCUCAGAUUCUGGAGGUGGUCAUUGGAAUCGUCUUAUUGUCCCGAGAGGUCGGCUGGAUCUGGCCUCUUCCCUUGAUCCUUAUAUUCUUGUGCUCUCGCAUGAGCCGUUACGUGGCCAAGCACUUAGGGCCUCGCCAGAAAGCCUGGAAUACCGCAACGCAACAACGUGUGGCAGCAACAAGCUCCAUGCUCGGCGCUAUGAAGGUCAUCAAGACACUGGGACUGCAGCGAUGUAUGGCCAGGUUCAUACGUCGUCUGCGCGACGACGAGCUGGCCACAGCAUCAAAGGUCAGGUGGAUCAUGGUCUAUUACAAUGCUGGCGCUAAUAUGUUGGGAAUAUUCUCCCCAGCAAUCACCUUGACACUCUUCGCUGUUGCCGCUGCGCGACGUGGCCUUGCUUUGAAGCCGGAAACGGCAUUCACGACAAUAGCGAUUUUGAGCAUGGUCACCCACCCAGCCAACAUGGUCAUGACCAUUAUACCGCGCGCAGUUGCGGCAUUCGCCGGGUUCCAGAGAAUCCAAGCUUAUCUCCUUAGGCCGCGUUUGGUUGACGAGAGACGGAACCUACCCUCGUCGGGAGAAAAAUUUGAUUCGGCGAUCGAGGUCCAGGAUGUUGCCGUUGGCGAAGAUCCCUCAAUUCUGGAAGGGGUCAGCAUUGGGGUGAACUACGGCUCGCUGAUCAUCCUCUCUGGCUCAGUUGGGUCAGGCAAGUCGACGCUGCUCCGGGCGAUCCUGGGGGAGAUCCGUCCUGUCCGUGGUUCGAUCCAGGUGGCACAACGACGGAUAGCCUACUGCUCCCAGAAGCCAUGGCUUCCCAACGGAAGUAUCAAGCAGGCUAUUUGCGGCAUCAUGGACGGCGAACAAGGCGAUACCCAAUGGUAUCGGCGUGUUCUGGAAGCUUGUUGUCUCAACCACGAUCUCGACCUUCUACCCGAUGGCGAUGAAACACAGAUCGGGAGUGGCGGCGUUAACCUCUCUGGCGGGCAAAGACAGCGGGUGGCUCUCGCCCGCACAUUGUUUUCGAGAUGCGACAUUGCCCUGCUCGACGAUGUUUUCAGUGCUCUAGAUGGAGACACCGAGACGAAAAUCUUUCGAAACUUGUUCGGGCGAAGAGGAGUCUUUCGACAGUUAAACACAGCCAUACUCCUGGUUACGAAUUCCGCCCAAUUCUUUCCAACCGCCGACCGCAUCGUGAUUCUUAGCGGCGGUAGCAUCACAACACAAGGUCCAUGGGAGGCAAUAAGACACAAGGCCCACUCCUCGAUAUCCAAGUUCAAUGUUCAGCAUCAAACCGACCGCGUCGUUGAUCCUGCCUCGCUUUCCAACUCUUCAAAGCUGAAUGCUCAGCCUCAGAUCAGAGAAGAAGCCCAAGCCGAUCUCGCCAGGAAGACUGGGGAUCUGAGGCUCUAUUGGUACUACUUCCGCUUCGUUAGGCUGGUCAACCUUGCUCUCCUCGCCGGCUGCACCGCGUCUUACUCCUUCUUCAUCACCUUUCCGCAGCAAUGGCUUAAGCUGUGGACGAAAUCGAGCAACCAGAACCAAGUCUUCUAUGUCUUCGGUUUCAUACUGUUGUCACUGAUAUCAUGGACCUCCACCAAUGGCACAAUGUGGUCAGCAAUGAUCCGGAUUGCACCUCAUUCUGGGCAAAUGAUUCACCAACACCUCCUCACCAUUGUUUCGAAUGCCCCUCUGUCGUUCUUUUCCAACAACGACAACGGCUCUAUACUUACCCGGUUUACUCAAGACAUGCAGCUCAUCGACAAGCAGCUUCCUUCUGCACUUGCUAACUUGGGAACCCAAGUCUUCAAGCUGUUGGCGCAGGUCUUGCUGCUUUCCAUGGCGCAAAAGCGGCUUGCCCUAUCCCUGCCGGUGUGUGGAAGUCUGGUAUGGAUCAUCCAAAAGGUCUACCUGAGGACAUCGCGGCAGCUUCGGUUUUUGGAACUGGAAUCUCGUGCGGCGGUUCUAUCAAGCUUCCUAGAGUCCGUUGAAGGUCUUGAGACGAUACGGUCGCUUGGUUGGCUCAGCGAAACCGCGGACCAGAACACGAAGCGGUUGGGGGACUCGCAGCGCCCUGAGUACCUUCUUAUGUGUCUCCAACGAUGGCUGAACCUUGUUCUUGACUUGAUCGCCGCUACGGUAGCGGUAGGCAUCAUUUGGGCCGCCGUCGCCUUCCGCGGGCAGAUCCAAGCUGGACAGGUCGGAGUGGCACUCAACGUCGUACUUGUCGCCAACACGACCUUGCUGCGGCUGAUCGAGUCAUGGACGGGUUUAGAGGUCUCUCUAGGUGCGAUUGCCCGGUUGCAGGCGCUCAAAGCAACGACGCCGUCUGAGCUGAUAGACAAAAAAGCCAUCUUUGAGCCACCCCGUGGGUGGCCGACCCAGGGACGAGUCGAAUUCAAGGGUGUUACCGCGGGGUACAGCGCUGAAGCCGUUGCCUUGCGGAAUCUGACGUUGACAAUCAGCGCAGGCCAGAAAAUAACGAUCUGCGGCCGCACUGGCAGUGGCAAGAGCUCCGUUCUCCUGGCGCUCCUCAGAAUGCUGGAUGUGCAAUCAGGCCGUAUCGAAAUUGACGGUGUCAACAUCACCCAGAUUCCCCGCGAGUUUUUGCGGCAGCGGUGCUUCGUGGCCGUGUCGCAGGACGGGUUCCUCCUGCCCAGUGAAAGCCUCCGCUUCAACCUCGAUCCGGAGUGCCUGCUCGGAAACGACCAGAUCAUCAUCGGCACGUUGACAAGGGUCGGUCUCUGGUCGCACUUUUUGGGGAAUUCUAAGGAACAUGGUGGCGGAGAUGGGCACCCAAUCCUGGACCAGAAGCUGUCGUCCUUCUCGGCCUUCUCCGCCGGCCAGUCCCAGCUCUUCACCCUCUGCCGCGGCAUUUUCAAGGCAGAAGCUCUACGAGCUGACGGCGGGCGGCCGGUGGUGCUCCUCGACGAGGUCACCUCUGCGCUGGACUCGACCACGGAGAGGGCUGUGCAAAGAAUCAUCGAGGACGAAUUGUCCGCGAAGGGGCAUACCACCAUCAUGGUUUCGCAUCGGAUCAGUCAGCUAUCCGAGUGUAUGCGGCCGGGAAGGGAUGUUGUUGUCCGCAUGAGGGAUGGGAAGCUGGAGGGUAUUGUGAGCGACUUGAAAGGGGCGGCUGGAGAGAUUUUGGGUUCUUAGAGAGAGGAGAGUGGCCACUCUGGAUUUGGGGAUGGAUCCUUGACGCUUGGAUAAAACGAGGAAGCGGAAUCAUCGCUAAAGUUCAGCGAUUUCAGGGAUAGCAAGUCGCCUACAGGAGACAGGAUGCGCUAUCGCAAUAAUAUAACGUUACAUGGGAUCAAGCCUUAAGGGACAUCAACGAUUGAACGCUGUAGAGGCUGU